AUGGAGCUGAAACCUCUCCUCAAGAAGCUGGGCUCCAUACUCCGAGCCAUCUUCACGUUCCUCUUCGCGCUGGUCGUCCUUGGUGUGAUGGUGUGGGCCUACGUGGAAGGUUUCCAGCUGGCCACCUCCACGUAUGGAAUCAUCUCCUUCGGUUUUUAUGGCCUCCUGCUCUCGCUCCACGUGCUGGUCCAGAGCCUCUUCGCCUUCAUCGAGCAACGGCGGAUGAAGAGUCGCAAAAAACGGUGCACAUUCACCAAGACCAUCGGCUUCACCAUCUCGGCCUAUCAGGAGGACCCCGUCUACCUCAGAGAGUGCCUCAACUCCGUCCGGGCCCUGCGGUACCCGUCCGAACUGCUGCGCAUCAUCAUGGUGGUGGACGGGAACAGCGACGACGACCGCUACAUGAUGGAGAUGUUCUUGGAGGUUUUCGCCGACCGCGACCCUGCGUGUUACGUGUGGGACAACAACUACCACACGUGGGACCCCCCUCAGGUGCAGCAUGAUGAGGAGACCGGUUCCAUGGGGCCGGGAGGGUUAGGGGAAAACUAUACUAUAGGAGAGGAUCCCCAGCGAAAGGAAGUGGAGCACCUGAUCCAGACCAAAUCCUGUGUGUGCAUCAUGCAGAAGUGGGGUGGCAAGCGGGAGGUGAUGUACACCGCCUUUAAGGCCCUCGGAUCUUCAGUCGACUACAUCCAGGUAUGCGACUCGGACACCAAGCUGGACUCCCUGGCCACAGUGGAGCUGUGCAAGGUGCUGGAGAGUAACACCAAGUACGGCGCAGUCGGCGGGGACGUGAUGAUCCUCAACAUGAAGGACUCGUACAUCAGCUUCAUGAGCAGCCUUCGCUACUGGAUGGCCUUCAACAUAGAGCGCUCUUGCCAGUCCUUCUUCAACUGCGUCUCCUGCAUAAGUGGACCUUUGGGUCUCUACAGGAAUGAUCUUCUUCAGGCAUUUCUGGAAUCUUGGUACAAUCAAAAGUUUUUGGGGACUCACUGCACCUUUGGAGAUGACAGACAUCUUACCAACCGCAUGCUGAGCAUAGGAUACGCCACAAAAUACACAUCUCGCUCCAAAUGCUACACGGAGACGCCGGCUCAGUUCCUGCGCUGGCUCAACCAGCAGACCCGCUGGACAAAGUCCUACUUCCGCGAGUGGCUCUUCAACGCCAUGUGGUGGCACAAGCACAACCUGUGGAUGACCUACGAGUCCAUCGUCUCGGGGGUUUUCCCCUUCUUCGUCACGGCCACCAUCAUCCAGUUGUUCUGGACGGGCACGUUGUGGGACAUCCUGUGGGUGCUGUGCUGCAUCCAGCUGAUCGGGCUGGUGAAAGCGGCGUACGCCUGCAUCCUGCGGCGGGACCUGGUGAUGGUGUUCAUGUCGCUCUACUCGGCUUUGUACAUGACCAGCCUGCUGCCGGCCAAGUACUUCGCCAUCAUCACCAUGAACAAGAGCAGCUGGGGGACGUCGGGCCGGCGUAAGAUUGUGGGGAACUACAUGCCCCUGCUGCCCCUGUCUGUGUGGGCAGCCAUUUUAUUAUCAGGACUGGGCUACACAAUCUACAGAGAGUAUCAAGUCGAAUGGUUUACCCCGGGAAAGAGACUGGAAACGGAAUUUCUUAUCUUUGGUUGCAUAGUCUACUUGUGUUACUGGCUGAUCAUGAUGGUUUUAUACUGGGUUUGGUUCCGCAGGUUAUGUCGGCCACGUGCCAAAAGUUACACGUUGAAGGUGUAGGUCCACAACGUCUAGUGACGUCCCGCUGAGUUAAUUUAUUAUACGUUUGCUCUUUUAAAUUUUAAAUUAAUGUAUUUAUUUUGUCUCCAAUCUCAGGAUAAUGAAGGGCUUUUCAUGCAGCUGCUAAACCAACCAACAGAGUGAAUGCAGUAUUAAUUAGUAUAAGGACCGGAACACCCUUUGACACGGACGUGUUUUUUGCACAUUGAAAUGAAACUGUACUGAGGGCUUUUGGGCCCAUGCACUUAAAUAAGAGACACACAUUACAUACGGGGUCUUGGGUAUUGUCGAAAUAUUUAUAUGAAAUAUGUGUCUGUACAUAUGUGAAUAGCUGUAAGAACAAAUACAAAAAACGCUUUUCACUACUUUUGUUGUUGCACUGGAGUUCCGAGGGUACUUUGCUGCAGGGUUGCACACUUGCAAAUACGCAACGUGUCUACAUAUGUAUAUGUUUCAAAUGACCCUUGCUUUGGAAUCCCCUUUGUCAAAAUCGUGGGAUUUGCGAUGUGAGAAAAAGGGAGUCCACCUGGCUCCCAGAGACCUUCACGGAAACUUCUGAGCCAAAACACCGAGUUCCUGAUAAGAGACCACUCCCACGCUCUGAGGGACCGACAUCAUUUUUGCUCUUUGUUCAUGGAAGCAUGUAUCAGGUGUGCCCCAGCGAGAACUGCAUGAAAUUAAACCAUGUAUAUGCCGAUACUGAGACUUCACUUCAUAGAUGAUUGCCAUUACAAAAGAAACACAUCAAAUGAAUACAGCCACGUUCAUGCAGUAAUUUAACAAAACGAUGUAGCAGUCCACUCACGUGUGAAGUAUGAAUGUAUGAGCAGUUU